GAGCCCUUUCCGGUCGCCGCGAUGUCGCCCAGCGUGGCCGAGCUGCUGCUCCAGCGGCUGGAACGGGCGGCGGCGGGGCCCGGCGGGGGGCUCUGCAGCCUGGAAGCGGCCGCCGAGCUCGGCCUCGACCACCAGACCCUCGUCGGGGCCGUCAAGAGCCUGCAGGCGCUGGGGGAGGUGAUCGAGGCGGAGGCGCGGUCGGCGACAAUCCAGAGUGACUGGGGGGGAAAGGUGUCAGAGGUGCAGGAUGGGGUGCAGGAGAGCCUGCGGAGGGUGCAGAAGGGGGAGGCCGAGGGGCUGCCCGAGCGCGACCGCAACGAGCUCAAGAGGAGGAAGCUGCUGCUGGAAGUCACCCUCAAAUCCUACUGGAUCCGCAAGGGCAGCGCCUUCAGCACGGCGCUGGCGCGGCAGGAGACGGAGCUGACGCCGGAGAUGAUCGCCACGGGCUCCUGGCGGAAGCUCCCCUUCAAACCCUACAACUUCUCAGCCCUGGGGCUACCGCCGGCCGCCGGCCACCUCCACCCCCUGCUGAAGGUGCGUUCCCAGCUGCGGACUACGUGGGACGCUCGAGCCUGGGGGCUGCCUCAGCCCGGCCUCCCGGGCCCCCCCCGCCUCGCUCCGCUCUUACCGGCGCCAUCGCGGCUCCGUCGCCUCAGCGCCCGGCCCGGCCCUUCCCGCCUUUUUCCUCCGCCGCUUUUCAUUGGCUGGGCCCCGCCUUCCCUUGGCACCCAGGCGGGUGCCGAUUGGACGUCGCGGCUGCCAGUCGCGUCCUCACCCCUCCAGAGGUCCCGCCCACCGUGCCCUCAGCGCCCUGAGGGGGUGGCGGCGGGGCCUGGGUCCCGCUCCCCCCUCACCGACCCUGGUCCCCUCGGGUCACCGGUCCCCUCCUCGCCCCACCCCACCCCACACCGCGUCCCGGGCCCACAGCCACCCCCCGUGUCCCCGGUCCUGCCGGAGGGCUCCCCCCGGGGCUGGAGGUGCCGUGGCCUGGUGUAG